GAUGAGCUAGAGUGUGCCUGUGGAAGAGACGGCGAAAGUGCUGCCCAGAAACAGCGAGCAUAUGCGACCUCCUGGGCAGCAUCCGGGGACGCAGCACGCACUCUCCUCCAUGCAAUUCUGAUCCAACAACAUUUUCAGCUGCUACCUGUCGGUGCGGAGCCCGCAAUCCAUGUGCCAAUGGCGCUAUAUUAUUGCGGAAUUGCAUGGACCUGCUUCACGCGCUUUGGGUCUAAACUUAACGAGCGAUCUGUCGACACUACUGAGCUCUUGGACUUUCCGGAAAUGAGGUCCGUUGGGGUCAGUCAGAUGAAGCUGUUCCAGGAUGCCACAAGUAGUGUGCAGUGGGGAAACCCCGAAUCGGCUCCUUUCUUCAGGGUCAUUGAUCUGCUAGGGAAAAUCAGCCACUGGAAGGUGUCUGGAAGUUUCGCGAAGACCUUAUUAUCACUUGUGGAGGACACGCAGGAUCUAUUCUAACAGCCCUACGAAUUUCCUCUUUUGCAUUAUGAGGAUUUGAAAGCGUAUCUGAUGUUAUCA